GGGAAAAAAAAAUCACGGACUCCGCCGAAUAGUGAAAACAGAAAAAGUACCAAGCAGAUACCUCACGGAAAAUGAGUACUCUUUGCGCCGAACAUGCCUCUGCAAACAAGGAGAGUAUCAUCAGAGAGCUCCUUGAGGGCAAGGAGUGCGCUUCCCAGCUCAAGCUUUUGUUUCAAAAGCCUUUUGGGCCUGACGGCACUCCUCCUGCCGAACAACUUGUCUCCAGAAUUUUGAGAUCCUUCACCCAAAGUAUUUCUGAUCUGACUUCCUCCGUAGCCGGAGGCGAGGUUGGUCAGAUUUCGCCGAUUUCCGGUCAGAGCGGGUCGCCCCUCGGAACUUCUUCCUGCAAUGGGCGGAGGCCGGACGAAUCCGGCCAGAGCAGGAAGAUAUCAUCGCCGCCUGCAAAGGAUCGGAGAGGUUGCUACAAGAGAAGGUAUAAGACAGCAGAUACUUGGACCAAAAUCUCCCACACUAUUGAGGAUGAGCAUGCGUGGAGAAAGUAUGGACAGAAGGAAAUCCUUAAUUCUAGAUUCCCAAGGAGUUACUUUAGGUGCACUCGGAAGCACGAUCAAGGUUGUAAGGCAAUCAAACAGGUUCAGCGAAUACAGGAGAAUCCAGAAAAGUUCCUAACAACGUACAUUGGAUCUCACACGUGCAAAGACAUCCUCAGGGCUCCCCAAAUGGUCACAGAUUAUGGUAAUUUGGAAUCAUUUCUGGUGCCGCCCGAAUCUAGUAAGGCUCCAAUAAUAAACGAUGAUCAAAAGGUGCACGGUCGUCCUUUGAUCAGCUCAUCAUCAUCGACCCCAGCCAUAAAGCAGGAAUAUCCCAAGGAGGACACGCCACUGAGUGAAAUAACGGAUAAUUUGGAGCCUAAUUUUUGGUCAGAUUUGAAGGACUUUGAGCUUCCGGAGCCGUUGAAGAUGUCGACUGAACAUAAUGCAGAUACUGUGUAUUCAUGUAGUGGGGGCACUAUGGAUUUUGGAGUGGAUCAACCUGUUGGAUUUGGCACUCAUCCUCAUCUCCACUUUGAUUGAAGUCACCACCACCAGCCUUCUGCAGCUUCCUAGCUAUAUGGGUUUGACGCUGAUUUAGUCUUUUAUUGGGUUUGCGUUUAAUUUUUCUAAGUCCCUUCCAUAAAUUGUGAAAAUAGAUUUUAGGUGUUUUCUCACCAAGCUCAAGCCUCUUUGAAUAAAAAUUCUUGUAUAUAAGUGCAUAGUUUUUGUAUCUCAACAUUUAGCACCGAGUAAUUAGAAAAACUUCCACGUAGUAUAUGAUUAUUGAAAAUUUUGAUGGCAAACGGUGGAAUAACUUACCUUAAAUCUGAUGCUUUCAAGAAGAGUAGAUAAAACAUAACUAAAUGACCAUUUGCUAUCAAAUUUUCAAUAGAGAUAUAGUAUAUCAAAGGUAUUCAUUUCGAUUGAAA